CUUCUGUGUGUCUGACCCUCCGUCCCUGUCUGAAUGGAGGGAAGUGUAUUGAUGACUGCAUUACUGGGAACCCCUCCUACACCUGCUCCUGCCUUGCAGGCUUCACAGGGAAGAAAUGCCACCUGGAUGUGAAUGAGUGUGCCUCCCGUCCAUGUCAGAAUGGAGGGACCUGUACACACGGUGUAAACAGUUUCCGUUGCCAAUGCCCCCCAGGCUUCAAAGGGCCCACCUGUGGGACAGUGGAAUCCCCAUGUGACACCAAGGACUGUCAGAAUGGUGGAGAAUGCCAGGCUGGAAAUGGGACUGCAGAGUGCAUGUGCCAGUCAGGGUACACAGGAGAAAACUGUGAAAUCGAUAUAAACGAGUGUGACUCUGACCCGUGCAUGAAUGGGGGGAGAUGUGUGGAUCUGGUGGCUAACUACACCUGCCUGUGUUCAGAGCCCUUCCUCGGCCCUCGCUGUGAGUUAGAUCAGUCAUCCUGUGAAGACCGGAGCUGCAGGGACAGGCAGACUUGCAACUACAUCCGCCCAGGGCGCUACAUCUGCACGUGUUCUCCUGGCUACUAUGGGAACAACUGUCAGUAUGGAGGCCCCAGAAUCCCAAGUGCCUGUCUCUCCAAUCCAUGCCAGAAUGAGGGCACCUGCCUGGAAACAGACCAGGGCUACCUCUGCGAGUGCCCAGAUGGAUACACAGGCUCCGACUGUGCAGAAAAGCUCCCAGAAGACUGUGAGUGCCGGAAUGGGGGGAGAUGCCUCGAUGGAAAUUUCACCCUCUGCCACUGCCCCCCAGGAUAUUUUGGAAUCCUUUGUGAAUUUGAAGUCACCGCCACACCGUGCAACGUAAACACCCAAUGUCCUGACGGCGGUUACUGCAUGGAGUAUGGCGGGAGUUACCUCUGCGUGUGCCACACUGACUACAGUACCAACCACUCUCUGCCCUCUCCCUGCGACUCAGAUCCCUGCCUCAACGGGGGCUCCUGCGAUGCUCAUGAUGACUCCUACACCUGCGAGUGCCCACGAGGCUUCCAUGGCAAGCACUGUGAGAAAGUAAGGCCGAGACUGUGCAGCUCUGGGCCCUGCCGGAACGGUGGGACAUGCAAGGAGUCCAACGGGGAGUACCAAUGCAGCUGCCCCUAUCGGUUCACAGGGAAGCACUGUGAGAUAGGAAAGCCAGAUUCUUGUGCCUCUGGCCCUUGUCAGAAUGGAGGGACCUGCUUCCAUUACAUCGGCAAAUACAAGUGCGACUGUCCACCAGGGUACUCAGGGCGGCACUGUGAAAUAGCUCCCUCUCCUUGCUUUAUGAGCCCCUGUGAAAAUGGCGCCACCUGCAACGAUCUUGGCAAAGACUAUACCUGCCGCUGCCGUGCUGGGUACACUGGGAAACGCUGCCAGUCAGAGGUGGACU